CCCGCCCCCUCAGCCCUCCAGUCCCGCCGCUUGCUGGGCUCCCCUAGCACAUCUGUUCACAGCACCCGAGCUCCCCGCAGUAACCAGACCACAACACUGAGCUUGGAGUACCCAGGACAGGUCCAGCACUCCGGCAGUUUGUCCUGUUUCAGGUCCUGUGCAGCUGGGGCCCCGUGGAUGGGGAGGCUUUUCAGGACAGCCCUGUGGAGGCGGGGAGCAGAUAGUAGCCCAAGCCUGGGGAGUGGGAUGGCCAGGAAGACUUCCUGUAGGAGGAGACGUUUGAGUGGGGCCCAGAACUGCUCCCAGGAAUUUCCACCAGGAGAAGGAAGGGAAGAGUGAGCAGAAAGAACAGCAUGUGACCAAAGCAAGGUUCUUCCGCCUCCACACCGUUGACACCUGGGGUCAGAACGUUCUUUGCUAUGGGUGGGGGCGUCCUGGGCAUUGGAGGGUACUAGGUGCAUCCCUGCGCCCCCGCCCCCCCCCCUGCUGCACACCAGAAGCACCCGCAAUCCAUGCCUGCACAGUCAAAAAUGUCUCCAGACAUGGCCAAAUGUCCUUAGGGGGUAGAAUUGCUCCUGGUUGAGAACGGCUGGGAGAUGGGGAAAUGGUGGAGAGCCUGGAGCGGUGGGUAGGAUUGGGUUUGUGGGGCCUCGAACACCAGGCUGGGGAGCUGGGACUUUGUCCAGGGUGAGUCCUGGGUCUAGGGCUUCUGUGGCUGUGAGGAAAGGCCGGCAGGUUGAAGAGGAGGAGGGGGUAAUGAUGGUUCAGGGAGAGAGAAUGAGGCCUGAACCUAGGGGAUGGGCUGAGGAUGAGGAGGCAGGAGGGUGGGAAUUAGCACUGCUGGGUGGGUGUUGGGGCAGAAAGGAAGGGAGGGAAGGAGAGUGGUGCCUCUGGGGGCCUAGGCUCCUGUCCUCAGCUUUCCCAAGUGCCAGGUUGGUGCUUUGGUCCCUGAGGACUGUGAGGCCUCCAGGAGUGCCCUCUAGUGGGGAGACAGUUGUAUGCAACCAUCUGCGGCAGGAGUGGUUUUAGGGAAAAAAUGGGGAAGUCAGCUUGCAGUGCAGGGAGUAUGAAGGGGUGAGGAAGCCUGGGGAUACAGAAACUGAGAUGCAGCCCUAGAAUGGUGCUGGCAACUGAGCCUGCAGUUUCGUUGCAGAGCCAAAAUUCCUAGGUCCUGGGGAGGAAGGGCCUGGGAGCUGGGUUCCUCCUGAGUCCCUGGCUUCGUCCUGCCUCAGUGGAUUGGGAGCUGAGCAGACUGCAGCGGCAAUGCAAAGUGAUGGAGGGUGAAAGGCGAGCCUACAGCAAGGAAGUCCACCAGCGCAUCAACAAGCAACUCGGGGAAAUCCAGCGCCUGGAGGGGGUGCGGGACAAGUUGCAGGUGCAGAUCAGCAUUGCCCAGAGCCAGGUCAAGCGGCUGCGGGACAGCGAGAGGCUGGAGAACAUGGGUCACCUGCUCAAGUGCCGGGUCCAAGUGCAGGCUGAGGUCAAGGAGCUGCAAGAGCAGACCAGAGCCCUGGACAGGGAGAUCCAGGAGUGGGAGACCCGGAUCUUUGCCCACAGUCAGGACGUCAAGGCUCCAGGAUGUGUCCUGAGUCAGAAGGUCAAAGUCCGGCAAAGGAUCAAAAUUCUAGAAGACCAGUUGGACAGGGUCACCUGUCGCUUUGACAUCCAGCUGGUCCGAAAUGCGACCUUGCGGGAGGAGCUGGAUCUCCUGCGGAUUGAGAGGAACCGCUAUCUGAAUGUGGACCACAAGCUGCAGAAGGAGAUCCAGCACCUGCGGCAUGCGGUCAGCGCCCUCAUGGUCUCCUCCACCUCUGCCUACACCGUCAGGGAGGAGGCGAAGAAUAAGAUAAGCAUGCUGCGGGAGAGGGCAGAGAAGGAGGUGGCCCAGAAUGAAACGGAGGUGCAGAUCUUGCAGCGGCAGGUAGCGCACUUGGAGCAGCUUCACCGCUUCCUCAAGCUCAAGAACGACGAUCGGCAGCCGGAUCCCGCCAUCCUGGCGAAGCGUGAGCAACGAGCCCGGGAGGUGGCCGAAGGCCUCCGCAAGACCUCCCAGGAGAAGCUGGUGCUGCGCUACGAGGACGCCCUGAAUAAACUGUACCAGCUGACCGGGGAGAGUGACCCCGACCUGAUGGUGGAGAAAUACCUGGAGUUGGAGGAGCGGAACUUCGCGGAGUUCAACUUCAUCAAUGAGCAGAACUCGGAGCUGGAGCACCUGCAGGAGGAGAUCAAAGAGAUGCAGGAGGCCUUGGUGAGCCGGCGCCGCAGCGAGGAGGACCGGCGCGCUCAGCAGGAGCAGCAGCGGACUGAGUUGCAGCAGCGCGUGGACGAAGUGCACACGGAGGCCGAGAACCUGGAGGCCCGCUUCCAGGACUUUCGCGGGCAGCUGGAGGCGCUCAAGACCGCCAUCCAGCGCCUCUUCACCAGGGCCCAGUGUGACAGCACACUCAUCAAUGACCUCCUUGGGGUCAAGACCCAGAUGAGAGACCGGGACAUAGGCCUCUUCCUGGGCCUCAUCGAGAAGCGGCUGGUGGAGCUCUUGAUGGUGCAUGCCUUCCUGGAAACCCAGAGCUACCCCUUCACCAGCUUGCCUAGCGCUGCCCUCAUGGUGCUGGGCCAGAGCCCCGAGGAGCUUCUCAAGAAGGUGGUCCUGCCUCUGCCCCCUGACAAUCUGGAAGAGCCCCCGGGCUUUGAGGCCAGAGACGACUAUCCGCUGAGCAAGGAGGAGCUACUGAGCCAAGUGGUGAAGUCGCUGAAGGUCCAGGAGCAGGCGCGGGAGCAGCACCUCAAGGAGUUGGCCGAGGCCGUUAAGAAGGUGGACAGCACCCCAAGCAUCACCUUCUCCCAGAAGGCCAGCUCCAGCACCCGCCUGCUGCCCAAGAGCCCCAGCGCCAUCCCGGGGUCCAUCAUGAGCCACAGGACUAGCGGCAUCCUGGUGGCCGGCGGAGGCCGCGCCCCCAGCUCCAAUGUCGGCCACGUCACCUUCGGGGAGCCCAGCUCCAGUGCGGGCCGCAUGACCUAUGGCUCCACCAGUGCCACCGGGGCACUGGCGUCCAGCCGGAGCUCGACUGGGGGGCGUGUGACCUUCAGAUCCCCCAGCUCAAGUAGCUACCUGGGGUCCACUGGCUACUUGGAGUCCAGCAGGGGCCACGAGAGCUUUGGCGGCCUGGAGAGCAGAGGCCCUGGGUCCGAAUCAAGCGGAGGCCUCGGGUUCAGCAGAGGCCAGGUCUCAAGCACUGGCCCAGCCUCUAGCACCGGCCAGGGCUCCACCACCAGCAAAGACUCCCGGAGCAAUUACUAGGGGCACCCAGCCCUCACCCUACCCCUGGUGACUUACAGGGCCUUCUCUGUGUCUCUGCCUCCCAGUUUCCCCCAGGACUCUCCAUCCUGCUCACCCAGUCCUGGGGACCCCGCUCCUGCCCAUCUCCGUCUCCCCUUCACCGUGUCUCUGGAUCUGUUUCCAUCAGCUCUCCUUCCUCUGUCUCCUGUUUCCAGCACUCCUUUCCCACCCUGUUUGCUCGGUUUCCCAUGCAGGUCCUUCUGUCUUGCCUCCAUGUCUGUCUCGCCCUCUGCUCUGACCUGUCUGAUUACCGCCCAGCCUCCUGUUUGGCCUCCCCCGCUUUGAAUUCCCUCUUCUCACCUCGGUCUCCCAGGCUCUCCUCACCUCUCGGGGCCCUCUCUCUGAAGUUCCUCAUUCCUUGUCCUCCUCAAGAGUCCCCACUACUGACCAGUGCGGGAAGAAUGGGGGCAAAGGUGUCAGGGUCAGCAGGAGCUGGGACCAGAGGAAAUAAAGGUCAGAGACUGACACUGA